UUCUUCCCUGUAUCUCCCCUUGGAGGCUGAUCGGAGUUCGAUAAAUCGCCGAUUAAAACAAAUCCAUUAAGAUCUUUGUUUUCUCUUUUUUAUGUAAAAAAAAUGGAUGAGAUAUUCUUCGAUCCAAUGGAGUUUUUGAAGAAACAUUCGGUAGCUGAAAUAUUCGUCGACAUUUUUUUAUGCGCCGUGCCUAUAUGGCUAGCGGUAACGAUCGUGCUCGCGAUCGGCUGGUCUUGGCGUCCCAGGUGGACCGUCUUGGUUUUCCUUGGCCUACGCUCGAAGUUCCGGUUCAUCUGGACAGCUCCUCCCGGGUUCGGAGCUCGCCGACUCUGGUUCGCCUUCACCGCUCUCUCGGCAUUCUCCGUAUUUCGGAGGAUUUUCUUUAACGUUAUGAAAGGGAGAUCCAAUAAGACGGCAGCUUCUGCUUCAGAUUCCGCGGUUCCAUUGCCAUCGCCGCCGCCGCCUACGGUGUUGAUUUCGAGGGAAAGCGCUGCCGAAGCUGUUAGCCUUGGUAGUGAAGCUGAAGAAAGAGAACGGGAUAUUGUCACUGAGAAUGACUUAACACACCUCUUGCAUUUACUAGAAGGGAAGGAUGGGGAGAUGGAAUGGCAAAGAAUGAUGGAAAGGACUACUUCGAAUAUGUCAUACCAAGCUUGGCGCCAAGAGCCUGAAAGUGGCCCUGCAGUUUACCGUAGUAGAACUGUCUUUGAGGAUGCCACUCCAGAGAUGGUUAGGGAUUUCUUCUGGGAUGAUGAUUUUCGACCAAAGUGGGACACGAUGCUUUCAUACUUUAAAAUAUUGGAUGAGCGCCCUCGUACAGGAUCCAUGAUUGUUCACUGGAUAAGAAAGUUCCCGUUUUUCUGCAGUGAUCGAGAUUACAUAAUCGGUCGAAGAAUAUGGCAGGCCGGAAAGACGUUCUAUUGUGUGACAAAGGGGGUACCAUAUCCCGGUUUGCCGAAGCGUGACAAGCCAAGACGAGUGGAGCUUUACUUUUCAAGUUGGAUUAUCAGGCCUGUAGAGUGUCGGAAAGGCGACGGACAGCCGUCAGCAUGUGAAGUUACUUUCAUACAUUACGAAGACAUGGGAAUCCCGAAAGACGUGGCGAAAUUGGGUGUUCGUCACGGGAUGUGGGGAGCUGUAAAGAAAUUGCACUCCGGCAUGAGAGUAUACCAGAAUGCAAGAAAAACCGACACUUCCGUGUCUAGAUGUGCACUGAUGGCUAGGAUAACCACACAAAUUUCUUGUGCUGAGAACACAAGCUCUCCCAGCCCUGUUCCAAGGGAAGAUGAAAGCAACCAAAGCACGGUCAUUAGGAGGAAGAACGAUAACGGCCUUAACUGGAAGUUGAUCGCCGUAGCCGGAACCGUGGUAGUGGCUUUCGGACUCCGCUCAGGUGUAAUCGGGAAGGCAUUGUUAUUUGGAGCCGGGCAGAGAAUCGGCCGACGGUGAGAGUUUUUUCUACAUGGGUAACAUUAUAGUUGGAUCUGGUUAUUGAAUUUUCCUAAGCAACUUUUCUCACAUUCAAAAUUCAUCGAUUCUCAUUGUUUCAUAGAGAUUAUGUGUAUUUUU